AUGGCGUGUAUGUCAGUGCUAUGUGUUAUAAAACAUACCACUUCUCCGGUUUCCAGUCGACAACAAUCAUCUGUACGCAAUUAUCUAACUAUAUUCAUAUACAUUACUACUAUUGGUAUCAAUUCAGUAGAGUUAGGCCAUCGGCUAAAUGGUGUUACCGAUGAUAAUGAUAUCAAUAAUAAUAAUAAUAAUAAGACAAUUGUCAAUAGGAUUGACAGUUCAAGCGAUGCCAACAACAAAGUUUGUUUGACCCGUACCUGUGUUCAGGAAGCGGCCAAACUACUGGAAACAUUGGACGAAUCGGUCAAUCCGUGCCAUGAUUUCUAUCAGUUUUCGUGCGGCCAAUGGAUUCAUAAUAAACAGCUACCGGAGCACAAAUCGGUGGUCACCCGAUUCAAUGAACUAUCCGAUGAACUUAAUAAUCAACUAAAAGGACUUAUUGUCGAUACAAAUGUCGAAACAGAGAACCGGACGUUCAUUAUAAAUGCCAAACAGUAUUACGACAGUUGUUUCAAUACAUCCCUACUGGAAGAUUUGGGUGAUAAGCCAUUGAAGGACUUGAUUGUCGAACUGGGCGGUUGGCCAGUGAUUAGUGGUCCCAAUUGGACGGAUAUACAGUGGACUGAUGUACAUAUGAGGCUCAGAGAUACCGGUGCCCUAACUAGUAUGCUGUUCUCGUUGUCCAUUUCGCCUGAUUUCCAGAAUAACUCCCGAAGAAUACUAUCUAUAGAUCAUCCGUCCUUUGGUUUGGGUAGUCGUGAUGUUAUGCUUAAAGGAGACUCAGAUAAGUCGGUUAAGGCCUACAAGACAUUGAUGACAAAAACAUUGCUUAAAUUGGGUGUCAAUCAGGAUAUGGUCGACCCGUAUGUGGAAAAAUUGUUUGCCUUUGAGAUACUGUUGGCUAAUAAUUCAAUGCCCAAAGAGGAGAGACGUAAUCUGACAUUAAUUUACAAUAAGAUAACAAUCAAAGAGUUGAUAAAAUUGGCACCAAAUAUUGAUUGGCUAAGGAUUGUGAAAAAAUUUGUGGCAAACAAUAUCACUGCCGAUGAAGAUAUUGUAUUAUUUGAUACAAAUUAUGUUAAAUUUUUGAAUGAAAAACUUAAACAAUUAGAUAAUAGAUUUCUAGUCGAUUAUAUACUAUGGCGGGUCGUCCAGACCGAACUGUCCACUCUGGACGAGUCAUGGUAUCAAUUGAAACAGGAGUUUGAGUUUGCCAUCUAUGGUACUAAACAACGGUCGCCCCGUUGGGAGGUAUGCCUGAAAAAUACGAAAACAGCACUGAGUAUAGCCCUAUCGCAUCUGUAUGUCAAACAUUUUUUCAACGAUACUAACAAACAAAAAGCUCAGGAAAUGUUUAAUAAUGUUGUCCAGGAGUUUAAAAGUAGUCUAUUAGCUAACACGUGGAUGAAAUCGGCAACGUUAGAGCACGCGCUAAAAAAAUUAGAUAAUAUUAAACUGGUUGUCGGCUAUCCCGACGAACUAUUGGACGAUAAAAAAGUGGCCGACUAUUAUCAAACGUUAUCAAUGAAUUCGGGCGACUAUUUCGGCAAUAAUGCCCGUCUGACCAAAUGGUAUUCGGAUCUGGCUUUCGGUAAACUACGUAAACCGGUCGACCCGUUUGAUUGGCGUGAACUGGCAUCGGUAGCCAUUGUCAAUGCCUACUAUCAUCAGCUGAAAAAUUUGGUGGUUAUGCCGGCCGGCAUACUUCAGGGUGUUUUCUACAAUAAGGAUAGACCUAAUUAUAUGAAUUACGGCUCUAUUGGCUAUGUUUCGGGUCACGAAAUAAUUCACGGUUUCGAUGACGGUGGCCGACAAUAUGAUUCAUCGGGUAAUUUAAGGAACUGGUGGGACACGCAUACGGAUACUGUCUAUAAGGAAAAAGCCAACUGUAUUAUCGGACAGUACGGCAACUAUACUGUUUCUGAGGUCAACCAAAAGGUCAAUGGCAUUAACACUCAGGGAGAGAAUAUUGCCGAUAACGGCGGUGUCAUUCAAUCGUAUAGAGCUUAUCAAAAAUAUGUGGCCAAAUCUGGCGUAACUGAACCACGAUUGCCGGCACUGGACUAUACGCCCAAUCAAUUGUUUUGGAUCAGUUCGGCCGUCCAAUGGUGUUCAAAAUCAACCAAUGAAUACCUAUUGCUUCAGGUGCUGACCGAUAGUCAUAGUCCCGGUAGACAAAGAGUCAACGGUGUAGUAUCCAACUCACCUGAGUUUGCAAAAGUAUUUAACUGUCCAUUGGGUGCACCCAUGAAUCCAGUAGACAAAUGUGCCAUUUGGUAG